AUGUCUGCUGCUUUCACUGAUUGCGAAAACUUAGAAACUGCUGUGUUUACUAAUUGUAUAACAAUUAAUAUCCUUUCUUUUUCUGGCUGCAAGAAAUUGAAAUCAAUAGAACUUCAAAAUGUUCAGAGUAUUGGUCAAUAUGCAUUUUCUGCCUGUUCUUCAUUAGAAACAAUUAAACUCCCAUCGUGUGAGGUAUUAAGUAAAGCAGUGUUUAAUGACUGUUCAAAAUUGGCAUCGAUCUUCAUUCCAAAGAUCAGAGAAAUUAAUUCAGAAGAUACUUUUUAUGGCUGCUCAAGUUUGAAGGAAUUAAAUCUCACAACACUAAAGAUAGUAAAUGGUAAUUCACUUGAUACCUUCUAUAAGUGCAAUUCACUACAAAAAUUGUAUUUUGGCGAAAAACUUCCUGAAAAGUUUGGAAAAUUUGCUGAUUUUAGCAAUUUUCAAAUUAUUUUGCCUUCAGAAAAUUCAUGGAAGAAUUAUCUCAGUCAAUGUGAAGUUCAAUUCAAUGGAAGAUACGUUUGGUAUGGCUACAAAUCACCGUUAUUCAAGGCAUCUAAGAGAGCUGGCUUCUUCAUCAUAGUUGUUGGAAUUCCAUUGAUUUUCGUUUCCAUUUUAUUGGCUUACGUGAUAUAUGCCAAAAUAAAGGAACGAAGAAUGAAAGAAAGUGAAAACUUUCCGAAAUUACUCUAA